AUGGCUCGCACUCGGCUUCGAGUACUCUGGGUGUGCUUCCUGGUAUUUCUUGGACUCAAUCUCUACUCGCUGCCGGCGCUGCGAAGCCUCUAUUAUCUUUUACGACUCCCGUUUGUAUGGAAUGAGUCGACAGCGGCCGCCGUCAUUUCCCAGCAACACGACCACUUUGACCUCACGUUUGCGGCCUACGAUGCCAACUACUCGACCAGCGAUGCGGGGUUGCGUCCCCUGAUUCCCUCGAAACUCCAUCACAUCCAUCUAGGAUCCAAUCCUCCACCAGCGAAAUGGCUGGCCGCAAGGGCAGAAUGUCUCAAACACCACAAGUCGUGGGAAACGUUCCUCUGGAAUGACGAGAACGCGGCGCAUUUUGUGCAGGAUCAAUUCCCCCAUCUGUACGACAUGUGGAAUACCUAUCCGUUCAUGGUCCAGCGCGUUGAUGCCCUGCGCUAUAUGGUUCUUGAAAAACACGGGGGCGUUAUCCUCGACUUUGACCUCGCAUGUAAACGUUCGUUGGAGCCCUUGCGCCAAUUCGACUUUGUUGCUCCUGCGGCUCAUCCCACGGGUGUCUCCAUCGGCAUGCUGCUUGCCUCGCCAAACAACUCCUUCGUCAAGGCGCUGGUCAACAAUUUACCAGCCUUUAAUCGCCGGUGGCUAUUACUCCCGUAUGUCACAGUGAUGUUUAGCACGGGUUGCCAUUAUGCCUCAACAAUUUACACGCUCCAGCAGAACCGCACCAACCUCCGAAUUCUCGCCGGAACCCCCCAACUUCCAAACCUACACAUGUUGAACGGAUUCGUUGACACGCCGCUCUUCCGACAUUUCGGCUCUUCGUCAUGGCAUAGUAAGGACGCGCGACUGAUUGCCUUCUUCAAAAAUAUGGAUCAACGUAUCCUUUUCGCCGUGCUAGUUUUCUCCCUCGCGGCCAGCGUGUCGUUUCUGGUGGUCCUUUGCGCGGGGCGACAACGGCAGUCUUCUCACCAGGAUGUGGAAUCUCACUUGUCGCAGUCCACUACGAAAUUUUCCAGCAAGCACGCGUAGUGCAUUCAUUUCAUUUCAGGUCUUGUUUUAAUAUAUAUAUAUAUAUAUUCUUUUUUUUUUUUUUU